AUGAAAAUUAUUCUACAAUUUUUUGUUACGGCUGCAAUUUUCUGGCAAAUCUGGAGUCAGGACAUUGCAUUUCCAAUUGAAGGUACAACGAACCACGUGAGCGGAAAUAUUGGAAAUCCUGGCGGACCAGUUUUAACAGAAAGAAUUCCGGUACAUUCGCCAGGACAAUGUCCUGAGAAUAUGUUACUUUAUCCAGGAGCUGGAAACAGUAGCACAUGGAUUUGUGAUUGUAGAUUGAAUUUUGUCUAUUUUCCGGAUUCGGACAGUUGUCAUGAACUUUAUAAACGUGGUCCAUGCCCGCUAAAACAAAUUGUUGUUUUACCGCGCAAUGAAGUUAUUCCAAAGUGCAUUGACAAUUUAUGCCAAGAGGAAAAUCAGGUUCCAUUUAAUGGCACAUGCAGUCGAAUUGGUAGUAUCGGCGGAAUUUGUGGCAUGAAAGGAAUGCUUAUUAUUAACGGGACAACAUAUCAACUUGAAUGCAUGGAUUUGGGAGUUGAACAUUUUGUUAUAAUAAAUGCGCCAAUGAAAGUUUGUCCACCCGGUAGUCGUCGAAAUUCCUCAGGACAUUGUAAAUAUGUCCUUUAG